AUGACUUCAACAGAGAUACCUGUUGUCCUCCCAGGGGAUACAAUAGACCCCUCAAAUAUUCCUUCACACCCAAAGAAAGCACUCCAACUGGGCCCUGGACUGCGGCACAUCCCACCAAGCACCAUUCUGCCCACUGUCGCGGGGCAGCUUGUCUCAGACCGGAGGAAGAACUCAUUGUGGGUCGAAUACAAUGGGGGAAGAUAUGUACCCUCACAAGGUGACCUCGUAAUCGGACAAGUCCACCACGGCGCCGCCGACUUCUACUACGUCCAACUCACUCCUCACACCUCUAACGCCCUUCUACCCGUCCUUGCGUUUGAGAUGGCCACGAAAAAGACGAGACCGCAACUUGCAAACGGCCAACUGGUCUACGCACGGGUAUCACUGGCGAACAAGCACAUGGAUGCCGAGUUGGAGUGUGUCAACCCCGCCACCGGCAAGGCCGACGGACUCGGCCCCCUGACCGGUGGCAUGCUUUUCACUGUGUCACUGGGCUUUGCUAGAAGGCUAUUGAUGCCCAAGAGCACGACUGAUGGAGGCGUUGUAGUGCUCGAAGAGCUCGGCACCAUGGGACUUGGCUUUGAGAUCGCGGUAGGCAGGAACGGAAAAGUAUGGGUGAACAGCGAGGCUGUGAGAUCCAUCUUGGUGGUUGGCAGAGCACUCAAGGAGACAGAUGAGGGUCAUUUGGACGUGGAGGCCCAGAGAAAAUUGGUGAAGAGGCUGGUCAGAGAGACUGUCUAG